AUGACAAAAUUGCCACAAGUCAAGCACCAGUUCCAAGUGCCUGUUCUCGAGUAUCCCGUCAAUAAUAAUCAUAUUACUGGGUUAAAAGAUAUAAAAUUAGCAUCACUACACUAUGCUGCCUCUAUUGCUUGUUCGGUUAAUGCAAAAUACGGCUUUGUCCCUCAUGAAAGAGGAGAAAUUCCAACCAAAGGUAUGCUUAGAAACUUGACCAAUUUUGCAAUGUUAACUAAUGUUGCUGCUUACUAUGCUGCCAACGCUUAUUUAUUCAUAGAGACUCUUCCAUCAAUAACUCCUGCCAACUCAUCCUAUCUUCAAAGAAAUCAAUUCUAUGGAUUAUCCAAGUCAGAAUUGGAGGAAGCUAAAUCUAUGACAUAUCAAGCAGUUUAUCAACAAGGUAUUGCCAACUUUGAAGCAAAAGCGUCAAAAACUGGUCAGAAGUUUAAAAUUAAAAAAUUGAGUCCAGAGGAUCAAUUAAAACUUAAUUUUACAAUGUACUUGGAACUUCUCAAUGGUAUUAAAUAUGGCUAUAUUCCACAUUGUUAUACUUUUGCCUACUGCGUUAAUUCCUCUCAAUUUCACUUCAAUAGGGAAUUUAAAACCUUAGUUGGAACUACAAUUAAUGAUUACAUUAAGAAAUGCAUUAUUUACAUUAAAUCAGAUGCUGAAGAAAAUUUGAAUUAUUCGAGGAUUAUAAAAGUCAUUAAGAAGAGGUAUUCAUUGCAUGAUGUUCAAAGUGUUUUAUUUAGUGAAGAAGCACAUUUAAAUUUCGAAAAUAUGAAAUCAUAUGUGUUUGCCCUAGGGUCCGAAACUUAUCAUAUUAUGAAACCAUUCUUAGUUAACUCCAAUCUGCACGAUAUAAAGAUGAACCUCAGAUAUUCAUUAAUGAAUAAAUUAACUUAUUUAAAUGAAGGAUUGACAAACGUACUAGAAAAUUCAAGUUCGUCUACACUAUCAUCAUCUACUUCAACUAAUAAUAGCAAUGAUAAGAAUGAUGAGCAAAGAUUCAGAGCCACAGGAAAUAGAGUCACAAAAAAAAGACGGAAAAAUAUGAAUAAUCAUUUGAAUGGAAGGGAGAUAAUAUGUUGCCAUUGCAACAACAAAAUACUUUACUGUAAUGAUUUAAAUACAGCAAUAAAAAUAGAUCAGCAAAUCUCGAGUAAUGAGAAUAACUUUAUUAAGAACAAUUAUAUCACAAAUAAUUUUAUUAAAGAUGACGAAAAUGUAGAUAAUGGCAUCAAAAAAAACCUAAUUGAAAAGGAAUAUUUGGGAAACAAUAAUAAUAAUAAUAAUAAUAAUAACAUUAAAGCUCAUUGGAGAAAAUCAUUUAUUAAAAAAAUUAGUUCUUACAGACCACCAACCAUGAACAUUGAACAAAAUGUAGAAAUCAACAAUAAUCCAUUCAAUGAAUAUUUCGAUUCGUCAUUUUCAUUCAAUGGAUAUGAUGAAUUAUUUGAAAAUAUGCCAAUUGAACAGGAAAAGUUCAACUUUGAGAAGAUACUAGAGAGUGUUGAUUUUGAUAUAUCUAAUACAAAAAACAUAAUUGAUUCCAGUAACAUUUAUUGUGCCUCUGGAGAAACUUCUAUGGAAGAAACCCAUGAUUCGAUUGGUAUUAUUAACACAUUGACUGAAAUAGAGGGUAGUUCAGAAGAAAUUGAAAAAUCAGUUAAUAAUAGUGAAGACAAUAAAGAACUAUAUUUAAUUACUCCAAGGACGAUGAAUUCAAAUGAAAAUUCAGAUCGAGAGGUUUCACCCAAAGAUAAAUUUCAGGAGCAAAAUCUAAAACCGAUUAACACAGAUGAUAAUCCAAUAGAAUUCAGUAAUGAUAAUUUUAUGGGAUGGAAUGUAAAAUAUUCAAAUCUGGAAAUCGAAUAA